AUGUCUGACGAGCAAACAAAGACAACUCAAGAGCAAGAGGUCGGAGCCAACGCCGACGCUGCCGCCUCUGGAUCAGGAGCUCUAAGCUUGGGAGGAAACGCCUCUUCGAAGAAGACUGAAGAGAAGAAGAAGCCAAAGAAGCUUGGCCAGAAGGGCGAAACACCCAAGAAGAUCGAAGCACAAGAAGACGAAGGUAUCGGCGAAGAACCAGAAAGCCCAUCGCCUCAACAGAAGAUGGACAGCCGGUCAAAGUCACGAGGCGGCCGCGGUCGCUCUCGCAAUGGCUCUCAACCACCAUCCGACACUGACUCUGCGUACCGAAGCGAUGUCUCGCAGAAGCGGAAGCGCAACCGCAAUCGAGGUGGCGCUAAGGCACAGUCACAGGCACAGACGAAGCAAGAAGGUGACGGCGGUGCCCUAGGCGGCAUUGACGAGGUCGGCGAGACUGUCAACGGUGUGACUGAUCAAGUCAGCGGUGUCACCGAUCAAGCCCAGGAUCUGGUUGGCAACACUGCCGGCAAGGCGCUGAACGCUCCUAAGGAGGCGCUCGGUGGUCUGCUCAACAACAAGGGCAAGAAGGGCCAAGAAGAGGGCGGUGAUGACGAGGGUGAGAACGAGCAACUGAGAUUGAGACUCGAUCUCAACCUGGACAUUGAGGUACAGCUCAAGGCAAGGAUUCACGGUGAUUUGACACUGGGUCUGCUGAACUAG